CUUGGAGUUUACUUUACAGGAUACUACCUGGACUUUGCUAUACCAGUAACAAAGUGAUGUCAGAAUGCCUAACAACUUACAUGGGAGAAUACAAUUGAAAAUGAAUAUUGAUACAAUUCAUUUGCGUGUAAUUAUGAUGUACGAGUUUCGGAGAGGAACACGCAUUUCGGAUACCGUAAAAAACAUUUGCUAUGCGGUUGGACAGAACGCUGUGUCGAUUCCAACUUGCGAAAGAUGGUUCGCAAAAUUUAAACGGGGUGAUUUUAAUCUUGAAGAUCAGCCACGCUCCGGUCGGCCUUCUGACAUUGAUGACGAUAUUGUGCGCAAUUUAGUAGAUACCAAUUCACGAAUUUCGACACAAGAAGUUGCUGAGAGAUUAAAUGUUAACAGAUCAACCGCAUUUCGACAUUUAAAAAAACUUGGAUACAAUUUAAGGCUUGAUGUUUGGGUGCCACUUAAUCUGACAGAAAAGAAUAAAAUGGACCGAGUCUCUAUAGCUAAUUCCUUGCUUGGCCGAUUAAAAACCGAUCCGUUUUUGGAUCGAUUAGUAACGGAAGACGAAAAAUGGAUCCAAUACGACAAUGUGGAACGGAAACGAACUUGGAGGAAGAGUAAUGAAAGAUGUCAGCCAAUGCCAAAGGCCGGUUUGUAUCCUCGGAAGGUUAUGAUCUCAGUAUGGUGGGAUUGUAAAAGUGUGCUCUUUUAUGAGCUGCUAUCUGUUGGCGAAACGAUCAAUUCUGAUAAGUAUUGUCAACAAUUGGAUAAUUUGAAGGCAGCAAUUGAAGAAAAACGUCCGAGUUUGGCCAAACGGAAAGGCGUUAUGUUCCAUCAUGGUAAUGCUAAACCCCAUACUUCGAUGCAAACGCAACGCAAGCUCAGGGAGCUAAAUUGGGAUCUUCUAUUACACCCGCCGUAUUCUCCUGAUAUUGCUCCAUCCAACUAUCAUUUGUUUCGAUCGUUACAAAAUAGUUUGAAUGGUAAAAAAUUCGCUUCUUUUGACGAUGUACAAAACUUCGUUUCUUCAUUCUUUAACGAAAAGUCGGCCACGUUUUAUGACAGAGGCAUACGAAUGCUACCAGAACGUUGGCAAAAGAUAAUAGAGAACAAUGGAGAUUACUUGACGAAUGAAUAAAUCGUUUUGCAUUAAAUUACUCAGUCUAUUUUUCUAUCACGAUAUCCAUCAAAACUUUUGCACUCACCCAAUAAUAUCGUAUUUUAUAUUUAUUUUAACGUUGCGAAAAGGUAAGGGCUGCAUCCGGGCAUUACGAAGAAUUUUAAUAACAUUUCUUACUUCCUGAAUAACUAAUUUAAAUAAUUGAUUUUUUGAAAACAAAUAAUAUGUAUUUUAAGUGCACUCUCUGAUUUAUAAUGUAAAGUCACGCAUAUUAUAAUUGUAGAUUUACUUUUAUUUAAAUUGGCAAUUUAGAAAACUAAAAACUUGUCUUUACGUUAUUUAAUUUAACUUUUUGAUAAUUUUAUCGAGUUUUUCUUUCAUUUAUUUCAUAAGUAGUUUCUGUUGACAUCGUAUUAUGAUUUGAUAUGAAAGUAAGACUAUAUUUAAGCUAAGGCCUAUUGUAUAGUAUUCACAAAUAUUUUGGUUUCAAGCGUUCUCUUACUCGCUGUCAUUCUUCGUAGAAUAAGGAAUACUUUCGAUGAUUCCAGUUAUCAAUCUGAACUUUAGUUUAGACACACACGCCUUCAAAUAUAUUUGAAUUUAUUUAAUUACUUUCAACGAAUAUAGAUCUUAUUUGUAAAUAUAAUUUUGCACUAUAAAAAACUCUUUCCUCAAUCAAAAAUAUGUAUUCGGCACGAAGUUGCGUUGUAAAUAAAACGGAUGUGUGCCAGUCGCAAUUUUAAAGUUUAUAUCUUCGUGAAUAAUACAUAUAAAUUAAUAAUUAAGUGAAAUAAAAUCGAUAAUAAACUCACAAUAGUUAUGCUGUCGAGAUACCUCUGACAGGACAUCUCAAAUUGUUUCCAAAACCACGUGUGAUGCAUCGUCUUGGAAUUUUUGCGAUUUACU